AUGAAAAAUAAACAACCUUCAUCUCUGUACUGUCAUUUCGCAGACAUCAUGUAUUUCGAUGAAAUUAUUAGUAACGAAUGGAACAUAAGUACAGCACUUGAUUUGUAUUCAGUAGAGUAUCCAGAUGCAGCGACACUUCUCCGCGCGAUCAAAUCUGAUUUGAAGAGGAUAAGCAAGAACCCGAAUGUGUUGAAAUCCGCUCGAGAAAAGGCUGAAUCGCUCCUUGACAAAUGGAAUGAUGUUAAGAAAAAGCAGAAAGGAAAAGAACACGGAGAGUCAUCUACAGUAAAGGCAGCAAAGGCAGCAAAGGCAGCAAAGCCAUCAGCCGCUUCCACUACAACGUACAACAACAGCAAUCACUUCACAACCAGCGGUGAUCACAGCAAUAUUAUUGUAGGCGGUAGUCAUUCAGGCAAACUAAAGCUUUAG